AUGAGUUCUUGCAGCAACAUCUGUGGGUCCAAGCAGGCACAAGCUGCUACUGAGGGUGGGUACCAGCGCUACGGAGUCCGGUCCUACCUGCACCAGUUUUAUGAGGACUGUACCACCUCGAUCUGGGAGUAUGAGGAUGAUUUCCAGAUCCAGAGAUCACCUAACAGGUGGAGCUCAGUAUUCUGGAAGGUCGGACUCAUCUCUGGCACAGUCUUCGUGAUUCUUGGAUUGACUGUUCUGGCAGUGGGCUUUCUUGUGCCCCCCAAAAUCGAAGCCUUUGGCGAAGCCGAUUUUGUGGUGGUUGACACUCAUGCUGUCCAGUUUAAUGGAGCCCUUGACAUGUGCAAGCUGGCAGGAGCCGUUCUCUUCUGCAUUGGGGGCACGUCCAUGGCAGGGUGCCUGCUGAUGUCGGUGUUCGCAAAAAGCUACUCCAAAGAAGAGAAAUUCCUUCAGCAGAAGUUUAAAGAGCGAAUAGCAGACAUCAAGGCCCACACCCAGCCCGUUACAAAAGCUCCGGGCCCGGGGGAAACGAAGAUUCCAGUCACGUUGACCAGGGUUCAAAAUGUCCAGCCUAUAGCAGCAACCUGA